UCAAAACAUGAAUUUUCUGAUCCGACACAGAAGCACAGAAAACAUAGAGAAAACUUUGCUGUCUAUUCGUGGCUCAAGACUCGGGCGGAAAUUCCCUUCGUUGAUAACCUUUUCGAAUAGGGGCGCGUUCUAAUUGCGUUGUAAUCUCUAGGUUUCGCACUGUACGGAGUUUAUUUGUUGGUUCGGAGAAGCUGCUGAAGGUUCGCGAAAAAGUGACGACGUCGGAUCCCAAACAUGUCGGAGUCGUACGAUUAUCUGUUCAAGUUUCUCAUCAUCGGCCGUGCUGGUAGUGGCAAAUCCUGCCUGCUGCAUCAUUUUAUCGAAAACAAAUUCAAAGAGGACAGUUCGCACACAAUCGGUGUAGAGUUUGGCUCGCGGAUCGUUAACGUCGGUGGAAAGUCGAUCAAGCUACAGAUCUGGGAUACGGCCGGGCAGGAACGCUUCCGGUCGGUGACGCGCUCCUACUAUCGCGGUGCAGCCGGAGCCCUGCUGGUGUACGACACAACAUCGCGAGACAGCUUCAACGUGCUGUGGAACUGGUUGAACGAUGCCCGAACCUUGGCCAGCCAGAACAUCUGCAUUCUACUCGUCGGCAACAAGAAGGACCUGGAGGAGGAGCGUGAGGUUACGUUCCUCGAGGCGAGCAACUUUGCGCAAGAGAACGAGCUUAUCUUUCUGGAGACGAGUGCGAAGACGGGCGAAAAUGUGGAGGAAGCAUUCCUGAAGUGCUCGAAAACGAUCCUCGCCAAGAUCGAGACGGGCGAGCUCGACCCGGAGCGUAUCGGCAGCGGAAUUCAGUACGGCGACACAUCAGCGCGCAAUGCAUCGGGAACGCUGGGCGGUGGGCAAACGCAGCGGAGCCGACUGCGGCCGGACUGUGCCGGUGGUGGUGGCAGCUGUCGCUCGUAGAUGGUGCUCGGACGCAGACCGUAAGUGUACGCUAUGGACUACAUUGUUCUUAUUAUGCUUGCCCUUUUGGCGGAAAGGUGAUGGUGGCGGUAAGCUGAAUACAACAAGUAAAACAUUACACACUAUCCGCAUUUGGAUAAUUCGUGCAGCAGCAUCAGGCAAACCAAUAAAAAGUGCUCUCAGGACGAUAGUAACCCAUCAUGGAUCGAAUCUCAAAAUUGUGCUAAAUCUAAAUGACUUUUCGAACCACACAAACGAAAACCGUUGUUCGUUCAGAGGCUUGAAAGGUUACUCAGUAUUGGAUUGUGAAUAAAUUAGAGCUAAACUUUCGGUGCUGUUGGCACAAACAUCAAAUAGGAGGAAAGUGCACUUUUAGAUUGUGCGGGAGUUAAUCUGUGUUACAUUUACCCUUUUAAUUAAGUUCGCAACCCUCUCGAAAAGCGCUCUUGGUUUCACUUGUAUGCAAACAUCCUAGUGUCCUUCAAUGAUGUUUUUUUCACAUUUCACAUUUAGUUUGUUAUUUUGUACCUGCAUUUUUCUUUAACAACAGUCUGUUUCUGAAUAGUUUUAAUCUAAAAAACAAUCUUUUUGAUAUUACUUUUACCUGGAAGCAUUUUUGUUCAAAUUUCUCCCCUCUUUGAUAUUAUUUACUUCUUUUCUAUUGGGAUGAUUUUCUUCACAUUGCAGAUAUGUUGUCCAGAUACAAUGAUCAAACCUACACUGUUUGUUUUUCGAUUUGUGCAUUGUUUCGUUUUAUUUUCCAUUCUGUACACCAUUCUAACUGUUCAAUGUUAAGCUAUAAAGAUUGAACUAUUCUAGACAUAAGAACUACGAGCGGUGCCGUCGUGUAUGGGCACCAUUAGAGGAAACAUUUAGGGAAUGUGAUGUGACUGUGGUUGGAUGUGAUGUGGAAAAAGAGUACAGAUUUAACUAAAAUCAACCUUAAUACCCUUAGGCGUAAUUGUAAAAAAACCCAUAAGAACCAGAAUACAAAACGAAACUUUACUGUGCAUUAGAAACUUUAUAUUUGAUAGAAGUGGACGGUGUUUAAUUGAAUCGAAUAAAUAUCUAAAAU